UUUUGCAGCUGUGAAUUUCAAGUGUGCUCAUUCUCUGUGCACGGUUGGUGUAUACUAUACCCUUUUCAUAGUCAGGGCGAACCGCAAACUAUUCUCAGACUCCUCGGCUAGGAGUUGAAUUUGUGGAGAGAGAUGGAGAAUGUUGAACAGGUUCCGCACGAAGAGGCGGUGGUACGAGAAGAACCUCUCGAAACAGAGCAGCAACAGCAGCAGGAAGAAGUACUUGUGGACAUUGGACCGCUUGAGGAAGGCGCUGUUAGUGUCGAGGAUGGCUCGGCUAGUGGAACAGCACUCGAGCAACAGGAGGGCCUGGAAGACGCAUUGGAGCCGUCGACUGUGGAUACGACGCAUGCAGGAUGUGCAGCAGAGGUUUCAGUUGUAUCAGGGGUCACCCUAGACGAAGCUGGCAUCACUCAGUUCUUGGAGGUGGGGGACAUUGACGAAGGAACCCAGUUUGAGAGAGACUUGCAGCAGUGGCUGGCUCUGAAAGAGGAAGAGGUGAAGAACAUGGCUGCACAGCUAGCGGAGGUCGAGACUCACCGUCAGCAACAGGCCCAGGAGUUUGCUGCUGAAAUAGAGCAACUCAAACAAUGCCAUUCGGAGGAGAUUGAAAACGCUCUCGCAGCGUCUACUGAGGCACAAGAGGAAUUGAAUAAAUGCGAGGCAAAGUAUAAGGAGGAUUAG